CAAAAAACAAAACUUUUGGGAGUACCACUCAUAAAGCAAUUAAAGUAAAAACGACCUUUAGGCCUUCUGCAUCAUCAACAAUCAUUCAUUCAGUACCAAAGCCAGAUGCAUAUCUUAUCAAAGGUGACGUCACAAUAUCUGUGAAAAACAUCACAGCUACAAUGAAAGACUUGAUUGAGCAUUAUUUAAAUGAUCCCGGUGCAGACAUACAAAUCACAACGUCAACUGAAAUAGUAUUAGGAGAGGACAGUGAGUUGGUUACCAAAGUUACAUACACUGUGAAGAGGAACGGCAAAGAACUUAGUAACAAAGAGGUACAGAAGUAUUUCAAUCAGGCAACAGCAGCUCUUCAUCUAAAACAAUAUAAUGGUGAAGUUAAAAAACGACCAAUAAAAACUACAGAUAAGAACUCGAACAGCCAUGGUGGUAUGAUUGCAGGAAUAGUUAUUGCAGCACUGGCAGUGGUAGUCAUGAUUACUGCUUACUUAUAUAUCACAAAGAAACGAAACAAAGCAAGUAGCAAUAAAGUUGCUCGUUAUGGUGAAGAAGAAGGGUCACAGAAAUAUAAAGAUGACGUCAAUAUGGACAAUUUUGGAUAUGAUGAUGAAGACGCCAACGAAGCUACAUUUGUUAAUCAGACAUAUGAUACAAAAACAAAUAUGAAGAACGGGAUUAAAGACAGAAAUAAAAGUAUCAACAUAUAGUAUCUAUGUUAACAUUAACACUGUACUUUAGUGACGUAACAACAAUACUCUUCUUGUAAUAUUGUACGUAAAUAUACAUUAUCGCUGAAAAUGGUAAGAUUAAAGCCGGGAAAACGAUUUUAUCAUUUUGAAAGUUUUGACCCACAUAGGAAGUUGCUGUUUUGUAUAAUGAUUUUAUUACAAAAGGUGAAAAUGCAUACAUCAUAGACAUGUUUACAAGAGUCAGUAUUUGUGAAUUCUGUCUUUUGUACAUAACACUAGCAACAAAUUUAUUUUAAAACUACAAUUAUUCACUUGCGUUUCAUCCUUUUAAGGAUAUCAUACAUAAACAUCCUUAAUUUUCUUCAGUUCUCUGUUAUUUACACAUGUGUGCCUUAACAUACAUAAUAAUAAUUAACUAGAGUGUAUGAAAUUUGAAAAUAUAUGAAAAUAAAUAUAAAGAAUUAUUUUAAUACAUGAAUACCUUUCAGAAUUAUUACAACUUCUGUAUGUAACGAUGAUUUAUUAAUUUUAGUACAAAAUAAAAUAUAAGCUAAUUGCAUUCUUUCUCAGGUAAAAAUUACCUUUUUUGAGACUUAUAGAGUUUAAAUUUAUACUUUGAUUGUUUCCGAUGAAGGUAAAAUCAAGAGAGGUAAUCAAACGUAUGAUUCGAUAAAAGUACGACGAACAUGAAUACGGACAGAAAUCAAAACCUCAACUUGUAAUAUUAUAUCGUAUUAACAUCAUUGUACUAUAGCAACGUAACACAAAUAAAUUUUCCAUAAGACUGUUUCUCAGAAAAAGUCUACCUCAGAUUGGUUUUUGGUUCAAAGUUUUGGCUUUGAACGUUUCUGAUGAAGACAAAAGCAAGAAAGGGCUUCCGAUGCACCCGUUAUAAUGUUAAUGAUAAACGUUAUUUAUUUUUUUAUGUUGUGUCUGUAUGCUAUUACUUGAUGUUGAUUAAAUUGUAUUGGUUACUUAAUUUCCUGCCAAACAGAAACACCUGCAGUUUUAAUUUUAAUUUUAUUUUCAUAAAGUUUAGAAAAGAAUUGCAGUAAUUUCAAUGCAUUUUCAUGAAGA